GUGUGUUGGUGGGAAGGGGAGGAGUCGCGCUUGCUCUGCGGGUCGCCACCAAGAUGGCGGGGGCCGGGGAGCUGGGACUGGCCGAUCUACCGUCUGACCCUCUGCUGCUGAUCCUGUCCUACCUGGACUUCCGGGAGCUUCUCAGCUGCAGUCUUGUUAACCGAAGACUCAACCAGCUGUCCAACCAUGAUCCUCUAUGGAAGCGACCGUGCCGGAAGUAUUGGCUUGUGUCUGAUGACAAGAAAAAGAACAGAAGCUGGAAGGCAACAUUUAUGGCGCAUUACUUUGAUAUGGGGCGAUACAUACAUCACUAUGCCAAGCUAAAGGCCACCUGGGAUUCCCUCAAGGAAUAUUUGAGUGAAAACUGCCCACGGAUGAUCGGCUCUCUAAAAGCUGGGGUUCCAGAGGAAGAUCUUGAUGCUGUUGAAGAAAGGGUAGGCUGUAAACUUCCCGACGAUUAUCGCUGCUCGUUGCGAAUUCACAAUGGACAGAAGCUUGUGGUGCCUGGUUUAAUGGGCAGCAUGGCUCUGUCAAACCAUUACCGGUCAGAGGACUUGCUGGACGUCGACACGGCAGCAGGCGGAUUCCAGCGCAGGACGGGGCUCAACCAGUGCUUGCCUAUCACCUUCUGUAUCCACACAGGGCUCAGCCAGUACUUGGCACUGGCAGAUGCAGAAGGAAGAAAUUGCAAUGAAAUCUUCUAUCAGUGUCCAGACCAAACUGCACAUAACCCGGCUGCCCUGGAUAUGUUCAUCACGGGCACCUCCUUCUCUCAGUGGUUCACCACCUAUGUGGAGCGUGUGGUGUCAUGUGACUACCCCAUCAUCAGGGACCAGAUCUUCAGGUAUGAACAUGAUCAGGACUGUGUGGCCACUACUGAUGCGCUCUCAGUGUCAGUCUCCACUUCCUUCCUCCCUGAGCUGAGCUCUAUUCACCCACCGCACUUCUUCUUCACCUACAGAAUCAAACUGCAAAUGGCCAAAGAUGCUUUACCAGAGAAGGCAUGUCAGUUGGAUACCCGCUACUGGAGAAUAACCAAUGCCAAAGGGCACGUGGAAGAGGUGAAAGGCCCAGGAGUAGUAGGUGAUUACCCCAUUCUGAGACCAGGCCAGACAUACGAGUAUACAAGCUGCACAACAUUCUCAACAACCUCUGGCUACAUGGAGGGCUAUUACACAUUCCACCGGCUGGACAAGAAGAGCGAGGUCUUCAAUGUAACCAUUCCUCGUUUCCAUAUGAAAUGCCCCACAUUUCGAGUAUCUAACAUUGCCACAGUAAAACAUGAAAGGGAGAGCUGCAAUGAUUGCGUCCUAGAUGACUAUGACCCUGAUGACAGCGAUGACUUUGAUGAUGAAGAGAGGAGGCGAGUCUUCAAUAUGCCCAACCCCCCAGUCCACUGCCCACGCUUCACCUGAAUGGCUAACGGCUGCUCUGGAAGAGCGACUUGUGCAAGAUUUCACAAUUUUUUUGUUGGAGGGAUAUUGGACAGAUGCCUUGCGUAUUAUCAACAUGGCCAAUUUCUUGCUUUCCUGUACCCCCCCCCCCCCCUUCCCUUCCCUUUUUUGGACUUUUUACAUAGGGCAGGCCAUAAUAGAGCAUAAGGUUCCCCAUCGGUGAAGGAAGAGAUGUACAGGCCUGUCAUAGAUCCCAUGUGAACAUGUGCCUAACGGGUACAGUUCUUUACAAGCACUGUGGAACAUGAAGGCGGUGCUUAUGUAUUCUGCUGCCUUGCUGUUAGCAUCUAUAUCCAUUGAGUAAUCAACCUGUCCUAUUAUGAGAGUUUUUUUUUUUUUUUUU